AUGGGCAUUUUCAAAAAUCCAUCUUCAUCAUCGGGAUAUCCCAAUACUCUCGGAGAGUUAUUGAGUCGUAAAGAUGAAUAUACUCUUCGGAAGAGAAAUGAUGAGGAGGCUAGGAAGGAAGCUGAAAAGAAUGAACAGUUGGCUGAAUUGGAGGAAGCAAAAUUACCCUUUUACAAACGACCCUUUUACAAGAAACAUAUCAAACCUAAAAUAUUAUUUAUUGUGGAUAGAAAUAGAUGGUUCAACAAGAUGUGGAUGCUCAUGAUUUUUUGCAUAGAGCUGUAUAAUAGUUUUUUAAUACCUUACCGAUCUGCUUUUGAUUAUGAAAACUCCAUGUAUUGGUAUUUGGCAGAUGCUCCUUUUGAUUUUUUACUUUGGGUCGAUGUGGUCAUGAACUUUUUCUAUCCCUAUCGAGAUCAGAUGAACAUUUUAGUGACAGAUUUCAAGAAGACAGCUCGUAGAUACGUGUUUAAGGAGAAGAUUGGAUUUUUUGCAGACUUUGUCUGUCUGUGUUUACUCGAUUGGAUUCCUGUGGCCAUUGGAGCUGCAACCAAUGGUUCCAUGACAUAUUCACCUGUGUGGCGCCUGAAUCGAGCACUCUUCUUCUUUAGAGCCCUCAAACGUUUGACUAGAAUUGAGGCACUCGUUCCCGAUCGAUUUGCUGUCCUCUCCAAAAUGGUCAAGCUACUCAACUUUGUCAUUAUUGUCGUCAUGUCUGUGCACAUUGUUGCAUGCUGCUGGUUUCCAAUUAUAAUGUCAGAAUAUCCAGAUUCUCAAGUGUUUACUUUGAGCGCUUCUAUCUUUGAACCAACCACUUCAACCCUCUACAAGUACAUGUUGGGAGUUUAUUGGAGUUUGGUGUCCAUGUCAGGUUUUGGAGGUACCAUGCCUGUCACCAAUUUACAAGUUGCAUUUUGUACUCUGGUGUAUUUGGUAGGAAUUGCCGUCUUCGUUACUGUGAUUGGUAUUGUGUCUGACUUGGCUCAAAAUUUGAACAUCACUGAGAGUGCCUUUAUUGAGAAAUUGGACUCUGUGACUGAUUACAUUAAUUCUAGAGGUUUAUCACCAGAUUUGAAAAAGCAAAUUUUACAAUAUUAUCAAUAUUUGUGGAAGAGUAGAAAGGGAUUGGACGAAUCAAAAAUUAUUAGAGAAUUGCCUGAUUUUCUAAAGAUCGACGUGGCCAUGCAGCUUAAUGCAGAGAUUGUGAAAAAGGUGGAAUUAUUCAAAUCGUGCUCACAAAACUUUAUUCAUGAAGUUGUGAUUAAUCUGAAACCAAGAAUUGUAAUGCCUGGUUCUUAUGUCAUUAGAGAAGGCGAACCAGGAAAUGAAAUGUUUUUCAUUGGUAAAGGAGUUGUAGAAGUAAGAUCUAAAACUGGACAGCUUUGGUCCACGUUAGGAAGCGGCUCAUUUGUGGGUGAGACUGCACUGAUUGACUCUGUGAAAAGAACUGCCAAUGUCAUCUCGACAGAGUAUGUUGACUUAUUCGUCCUUGAGAAGCAUGCGUUUGACGAAAUCAUGUCGACGUACCCUGAGGACGCCAAGAAUGUCAUUGCUACAAGUGAAGCUAGAAAACAAAUGAACAAGCAAAAGGCAGCUCUUAAUAGUGGAAUUCCUUUCGACAAAAUUAACAAGCUGUUGGACAGCAUUGGUUGUUCCUAUGUGGACAUAGAAGGACAUGAUCUAUUCUUGUCCUUGGCGACCCUACUGGGAGAACAAAGAAAUAUUGUUCAACGACAUAUUGAGGAUUAUAUUAGAGACAAGGACCAUGAGUUGCAGCAACACAUCAAAACAGAACACAAGCAUGAGUCUAUUGAUGACUAUUUCGAUCAUUUAAAGAAGGGUCAGAUUAAGCCUGGAUUUAAUGAGAUUGCUGCUGUAGCUAAAAACUAUCAACGAACAGUGGUGCUGGCAAAACCCGCCGCACAAGGAGACGAUAUUGGCGAAUUUAUUGUUUUCGAUCAUCACACUGGAUCCAAACAUGAAACUAAGGAAAUACUUGAUCUGUUCACUAACACACAACAAUAUCACAAUCCUAUUAUUAUUGUAUCAACAGGCAAGGAAGGAGGUUUUUUGGCAGCUACAAGAAAAAAGUAA